AGCAUAAUUUAGGGCACAGUUCCUGUCUGAGCUCAGGAACUGAGCUGAGGAAGUGAACGUAAGGGGUCUGUGAGAAAGGGUGCACGAGAGUUUAAGCAGAGCUUCUACGCAGCCAGUCGGUGCUGAUGUGACUGACCACAAGCAAAAGUUCCAAGGUGGAUGCUGAGACUCCUGGAAGAAUCCAACACUGUGCAUCCCCAAGAAGAUACAGAAUAGGGCCUCAGGGAUUUGGCCUUGCCUCCAGCUUGGGUGAGGCUGCAUUGAUCCUCCCUUUACCCAAAGCCCCGGGGAACUGACCACCUCCACACUCUCAGGCUCUGUCUCCUGUGGUGCUGUCUCUGAUCCCAGCACCCUGGAGUUCUGAUUGGUGUUUGGAUACCUGCUGUGUGGAUGAAGGAUACACCUGAGACCAGCUAAAGAGUGUUUUUCAUUUCAACCAGAAAGGUUCCCUAGGGCUUAAAAAAUAACAUACAGCACAUUAGCUGGGGGAUCGGCUGUAACCAGUACUUCAGAGAAAUGGAGCCAAGCCGAUUUCACUGAUUGUGAAGAGCUUGAAGUGGAUUCUUCAUUAAGAGGCACAGCCAAGGAAGCCACAGAGUCUGCUGGGCGUGUCACAGCCACACCGAGGCACAGUCACACUUUCCCUGCGUUUGCUCCAGGGAGCAUGGUGAAUUUCCCUGUGUCCAGUCUGUCUGGUGUGGCCGCCUCCUUCUUCUUCUUCAUCCUGCUGACCAGGAGGCAGUCAGAUGACUUUAGGGUGCUUGGUCCUGCUCAACCUAUCCUGGCCAGAGUCGGGGAAGAUGCCCUGCUAACCUGUCACAUCCUCCCCAAGAGGACAGUUAUGCACAUGGAAGUGAGAUGGUACCGAUUGGAGCCGGACGCCCCUGUGUGUGUCCUCCGGGAGGGGGCUGAGGCAACCGAGGUGCAGAUGGAGGAGUACAGAGGCCGGGUAGAGUGGCUGGAGGACGGCGUUGCUGAGGGACGUGUGGCUCUGAAGAUACGCAACGUCCAGCCGUCUGACAGUGGGCAAUACCAGUGCCGUUUUCAGGAAGGAAUCUACUGUGCAGAAGCAAGCUUGCUGCUUGAGGUAGCAGAUCUGGGCUCUGCCCCCAACAUCCACUUGGAGGGAUCUGUGGAAAGUGGAGUCCAGCUGGUGUGCACAGCAAAGGGCUGGUUCCCAGAGCCCCAGGUUUACUGGGAAGACCUCCAGGGAGAGGAAUUGCUGACUGUGUCUGAGCAUCACGUCCAGGAUGAAGAUGGCCUGUUCUACGUGGAAGACACCCUUGUGGUCAGGAAUGCCUCUGCAGAGACAGUGUCCUGCGUCAUCUACAACCCCAUCCUCAAUGAGGAGAAGAGAUCAGUCCUCGACAUUCCAGAGAAACUCCAGACUGAGCUGGCUUUCCUAAAAGUGAUUGGGCCUUCUCGGCCCGUCCUUGUCAGAGUGGGAGAAGACACACAGUUCACCUGUCACCUGUCCCCUGAAGCUAAUGCACAGAGCAUGGAGGUGAGGUGGGUCCGAUCCCACCAUUACCCCGCUGUGCAUGUGCAUGUGGAUGGGGACCCUGUGUCUGGAGAGCAGAUGGCGGAGUAUAGAGGAAGGACGGUGCUGGUGAGUGACGCCAUCCAGGAGGGAAGGCUGACCCUGCAGAUACUCCAUGCCAGACCUUCAGAUGAUGGGCAGUACCGCUGCCUUUUUGAAAAAGAUGGUGUCUACCAGGAGGCCAGCGUGGAUCUAAAGGUGGUAGGUCUGGGCUCUCCCCCGCUGAUCACCACGGAGAGGCUGAAGGGUGGAGACACCCGGCUGAUGUGCUCUUCACACGGUUGGUUCCCACAGCCACAUGUACAGUGGAGGGACAUGGAUGGGAAGCCGAUACCAGCAUUUUCUGAGGCUAUGACUCAAGACAGCCAUGGACUGUUCCAUGUGGAGACAUAUCUGGUCACAAACAUCUCUGCUGUAAACGUGACUUGUUCAUUUAGCAGCCCCCUUUUGAGCGAGGAGAAAACAGCCACUUUUUCUCUCUCAGAGUCCAAGAUGACUUUUUUAUGGAAGAUUCUGCUCAUUUUGGGAUUGUUGCUUGCUGCACUUAUAGGCCUGAUCAGGAGGAAAAAGCUGUAAAAACGUGAAUGUGACACAGGAUCCCAAUACAGUUCACCUGAAACUGAUUCUUUCCAAGGAAAGCAAGGAUAUGACCCCUGGACAUUCAGGCAGCUGGACAUCCCCCAGAGAUUUGUCUUCCUGCUCUACCAGCUGGGCCACAUCAGGGAGGUCGUACUGAAAAAUGGGGGUUGGGCAUGGGGCAGGAUGGGUCCCGGGUAUUGCCAAGAACAGUGUUGUGAAGACAGCAGUCAUCUCUGUGUCACCUGAGGUGGGCUUCUAUGGAAGUGAGUAGUGGCCCAUCACCUGUCCUCCAAAUUCUUCUCCCUUAAGGUGGCCCCUGCACAGGUUAGAAUCUCCCUGUCUAUGCCUCUGAACACCUCUCCUUCUAUAACAUGAAGUGCCCUGUCUACAGCUUCCCCAAGACUUUCUUCUUUGGGACUCUGCAUCCUCUCUUCAUUCUUUGGUUCCCUAAUGUAGAUUCUUUGGACAUCUUUCCUGCACCCAGAAGAGCUUCUUCAACAUGUCCAAGGAAAACAACAACUUUGGAUUCUGGAAACCCAGACAAUGUUCUGAGUUCAGAGCUUUUCACCUUUCACCAACAGCUUGAAGAGACUCACAAGAUCCAAGGACCACAUUUUAAUCUCAUUCUGGCUUUAAAUCUGCCUGGAGACUGACCCCUUCAGAGACCUAUCCUUUUCCAGAUUCCCUGAUAUCCAGCCUACUGAUCACAAUCUCAUAUUUGAUGACCAAGGAGCCUUAGAAAACCCAAUGGGAAAUAUAAUUUGUACUAGAGUAAAAACUGAAGGGAAUAGUCAAGUAUUUGUUCAGUUUCUUUAAGAUGGUGACACUUCAUUGUCCAUAUCAGUAGAACUGGGAAAAUAAAAAGCACAGUUAAAAAAUAUUGAAAGAAAAUGCAGCUGAAUAUAAGGAGAAAAAUCUGAUCACCGAGAUAUAAUCUUGAAAAUUAUAUGAAAUGCUGUAAAAUCCCUACUUCAGAAGAUUAAUGGAGGAUGUGGAGUGAAGAAAAAUAUUAGACAUUCUAAUUCAGAAAAAAAUUAUGCAUCAUACAGAUGAAAAUUUCAAUUUUAUUUUCAGAGCAAAAUAAAGCUCAUAAUUUGAAAAUAGUUAUAAAUAAAUAAACAUAAGCAAUACACACAACACAUAUAUUUUAAAGUCAUGAUUUAAAGAAAGUGUAUAUGGAAAAGAAAAGAAUGUGCAAAGAGAAAGAUUUCUAGAGUCUUCAGAUCUUAUGAAGUGAGGAGGAGGAAUACACGCCAACAACACCCUCGCUCUCUAGGACAGCAGACGUCACAGGGGUAUCACCACCUACAUGGAUCAUUCAUCAACAGCACUCGGGAGUUCCUCUUUUAAACCACUUUUUUUUUUUUUUUUUACAUUUCUGAACUCCUAAGUUUGUGUUUUGAACUACAGUAGAUCCUCUGUAAGUCAACCAUCCACAAGACUGUAACAAACUGGUCAAGGUACAGAGGUGGUCAAUAAGGAACGAGGCCGCUGUAUGGUGCAUCCAUGUGGUGCACGUCGAGUCUAUGAAAAUUAGGUCAACCUACGGAGGGGGCCAAUGUAGGGAGGUGCUCCUCUAUGGAGUUUCUACUCUAUGUACUAUUCUUCCAUAAGUAUUUAUGCAUUUAUUUCAUUUUAUUUAAAAAUUUUUUCAAUUGUGGUAAAAUAUGCCUACCAUAAAAUGUACCGUUUUGACCAUUUUAAAGUGCACAAUUCAGUGGUGUCUAGUACAUUCACAACAUCAUGGGACCAUCAUCACUAUCUAGUUCCAGAAUAUUUUUAUCACUCCAAAGUAAACUCCAUACCCAUUAAGCAGUUGCUACUCAUUUUAUUUUAACCUCCUAGUACCCCCUAGCAAUCUCCUAUCUAUCGUUAUGAAAUUUCCUACUCUGGGUAUUUCAUAUAAAUGGAAUCAUAAGCUAUCCCCUUGUGUGUGGCUUUUACUUAGCAUAAUGUUUUCAAAGUUCUUCCUUCUUGUAGCAAGUACAAUACUUCAUUCCUUUCUUUAUAAAACAAAAAUAACAGGUAUCAUUUUUAAGAACUGUUCUAGGUUUACAGCAAAAUUGUGUGAAAAAACCAGAGUGAUCCCCUAUCCCUCCAUUCUCUCCUUGAAGUUUUCCCUAUUAUUUUUGUGUGUGUGUGUGUUAGUGUUAGUGUGGCACAUUUUUUGCAACUGAUGAACCGAUUUGAUACAUUAUUUUCAACAAAAGUCCAUAGUUUACAUUAGGGUUCACUCUGUCGGUUGUCCAUUCUAUGGAAUUUAUAACAAACCAUUUAUACAUUACAUUGACGUACCCAUUACUACUUUGAAAACUUAAAUUUACUAGUAAAUAUGCCAGCUUUGCUUGAAAAUUUUUAAUGUUACUCUAUUUUUGAUUUAAUGUAAUAAAUGAUUUAAUUAAUAAUGCCUGAAGGUUAACUGUUAAUGUUCAUUUAUUUUUGAGUCUUCCUUCCCAGUCAUUCCAGCUCUUUGCUUGUUAGUGUAUGCUUGUGCAAGCCCUAUAAAAAUGUAUACCCAUUUUAAGAAAGGAAAAAACUGUAUUAAAUUUGUAAUACUAAAUAUAUACUGAUAACAAAAGAUGAAUAUGUCAUGCUGAGCACCUUUUAUAAUUGCAGGAGUCAAACGUGACUCAUCUGACUUCAGUAUUACAAAUUUUACCCAGUUUUUUUCCUUAAAAUGCAUACAUUUUGGGGGCACCCUUUGUAUAGAGGCUUUCCUGGGGGAAAGUUUCAUAAUAAUUUUUUUUAACGGUCACAUUCUCUCAGUAUAUUAAGAAACAUACUUUCCUGUAGCUUCUCAAAUUUGUGAUUAAUUUGCUUUCUCAAUUCCAAUUCCAGUUAGAAAAGCCUCAUGAAAGGCUCGGUGCCUAUAGCUCAGUGGCUAGGGCGCCAGACACAUGCACAGGAGAUGGCAGGUUCGAAUCCAGCCCAGGCUUGUCCAACAAUGACAACAACCAAAAUAUAGCCAGAUGUUGUGGCAGGCUCCUGUAGUCCCAACUACUUGGGAGGCUGAGGCAAGAGAAUUGCUUAAGCCCAAGAAUUGCUAUGAGCUGUGAUGCCACAGCACUCUACCGAGUGUGACAUAGUGAGACUCUGUCUCAAAAAAAAAAAGAAAGAAAAAGAAAAAAGAAGAAAAGAAAGAAAAGCCUCAUGAAGGAGAAGGGCAGGUGGCUCAAGGAUGAUGCCCCUAGUCACUGUGGCUGACGGAUGAGUGAACGGACUCGCCCAUGGAGGAAGUGGUUCCCUUCAUUUCUGAUGUAUAGACUGCUGGAUGUAGUCCUGUAAAGCAUGGCCACGGUCAGAACAUAUGUAUGGAUUGGCUGGAUCUUGGUGUCAUGGAGAGGAUAGGAGGAAGGCACAGAGUUUAAAUUUGUUAACUUCCCUGCCUGACGUUUUUCCCUUUGUCAGUAUGGUGUAAGUUCCAUGAGGACAGUGACUUUGUGUGCACUUGUGUGUGUGUAUGUCUCCCCACAACCUAGAAAAGUGGCAUAUAUUAGUGGAUCAAUAAACAUUUGUA